CACUCUCUAGUAGCCCUAAUUAAAAACGCGUGCAUCUUUAGUUCAUCUAUCUUCUUCUUCUUCCAGUACUCCCUUUGAAAAACACAUAGAGAGAGAGAGAGAGAUCGCGCAAAUGGACACAGCCAAAUUAAACCACAACAACAACAAUAUUCACGCCAUCACUCUCGAACCAUGUAAUUGCCUGGUGGCCACCGCCGCUUUAAUGCCGUUGAUGGGCUUCUUGAAGAAGCUGAAGAAGCUGGCGGAGGACGACCCGCGGCGGGUGAUCCACUCCAUCAAAGUGGGGUUGGGUCUCUCCCUCGUCUCCGUCUUCUACUACAUUACUCCGCUGUUCAAGAGCACCUUCAAAGACUGCACCAUGUGGGCCGUCAUCACCGUCGUCCUCGUCAUGGAGUUCACCGUUGGGGGAGCUCUAACAAAAGGAUUGAACCGAGCAUUGGCCACGUUCCUCGCGUCCGUAAUGGGCGUUGGAGCUCAUCAUUUGGCCGUCAUUUUUGGAGAGAAGGGCGAGCCAUUUAUUCUCGGAUCUCUAGUUUUCAUCAUAGCUGUAGCUGCCACUUUCCUUCGAUUCGUACCGGAGUUGCGGACCCGAUACGACUAUGGAGUGCUGAUAUUCAUCCUGACUUUUUGCUUGGUUGCGGUAUCGAGCUACCGCCAAGAGAAUCUCCUGUUGCUGGCAUGCCGGCGGUCGCUGACGAUUGUGACCGGCGUUCUAGUCGCGCUCGUCACCUCCAUCCUGCUGUUUCCGGUUUGGGCCGGGGAGGAUCUGCACAAGAUGACUGCUUAUAAUUUGCAAAAACUAGCGGCAUUCCUCGAAGGUAUGUUAAAAAGCGAUUAAGUUGCGAACGUUAUAUUGCAAAGUAAAUUGAACCGUAUGAGUAAGUGAAUUUAGAACUAAUAAAGAAGUAAAUAUUAGGGAUAAAAAAAACUGAUUUUUAAACUAUCAUGCACAAAAGUGUGUAUAUAUAUAUAUAUAUAUAUAAGAAUUCGGAGAGCAAA